AUGGAAAAUAAUAAGAAGGUUUCCAAGAUGCAAAUAAUGCAGCCAUGGCCUUUGUGUCUGGUAUCAUCGAAAAAUCCGGGGAAAUCAGCGCAUACAAAAUACUAUCCGUGGGUUCCGUCCCUGGUACAAUCAUCGGAGUCAUCUAUGAACGAGGAUUGUUCGUCGAACACAACAUUAUUAACAAACGCAAGUCCCUUCAACAGCCAGCAGGCCCUUUUAACCCAGAAGAAAAAACCAUCAAUCACAAUAACAAAGAACAAGAAUUACGAUCUUGCACAAUCAGAAUCGCAUUAUUACACCGAAAACUUGAAACGCGAAAGCGAGUUACAGCAGAAAGUAUAUAAUCCUGAGAACAAGGACAUUAUUCUGGUGGACUACAAAUUUUUGGAGCCCUUAAUAAUGGAGAACAGCGUCGCAAUAGAAGAGCAAGAUGUUCUGAUGAGCAACCACAAAGAUGGAGAUGACAUUGGUCUUAAAAGAACGGAUUCAUUGUCCCGCACUCCCAAAAAAAAAGAAUCUGAGGAUAUGUUCCGGUACAGCUCUCAGGUCUUUGCAGCAUUUGCGGUAUCAAUUGCUUCAUUGCUGAUCGGAUUUUCGAGUUCUUACACAUCGCCGGCAUUGCCGUCUAUGAAACAAUUGAAAUCAUUCGAACUUGAUAGUAAUAUGGAAUCAUGGAUUGGUUCAAUAAUGCCUUUAAGCGCUUUAAUCGGUGGAAUAAUGGGUGGUCCAUUGAUUGAAUACAUCGGCAGAAGAAACACUAUUUUAUCGACAGCAAUCCCAUUUAUGGCAGCCUGGUUAUUCAUAGCAACAGCAACGAAUGUCUGGUUAGUGCUAAUGGGUCGUGCGUUGAGUGGUUUCAGCGUAGGCAUAAUAUCACUUGUUUUGCCGGUUUACCUUGGAGAAACCCUGCAGCCAGAAGUACGUGGUGUCUUGGGAUUACUGCCAACAGCAUGCGGUAAUAUCGGAAUAUUGAUCUGCUUCACAACUGGAAUGUACUUAAAUUGGUCCAUACUUGCAUUCUUCGGUGCCUGUAUACCAAUAAUAUACUUUUUAUUGGGAUUACUGAUCCCCGAGACACCAAGAUGGUACGUGUCGAAAGGUAAAACAAAGCGAGCACGCAAAGCCCUGGAAUGGUUGCGUGGAAAAUCAGUGGACGUUACUGAAGAAUUGGCUGCCGUUGAAAAAACUCAUCUUGAAAGUGAAAAAGAAUCUUCCACCAGCUCGGUCGGUGAAUUGUUCAAGCCAAACCACAUCAAGCCUCUCAUGAUUUCAAUAGGGCUCAUGUUUUUCCAACAAUUUUCUGGUAUCAACGCCGUUAUAUUCUACAGCACCAAAAUAUUUGAAGAAUCCGGCAGCUCUAUUGACAAAAGCAUCAGUUCAAUUAUCAUUGGCGUUGUUAACUUUGUUGCAACAUUUAUGGCAACUGCUGUUAUUGAUCGGUUGGGCAGAAAAAUUCUCCUUUACAUCAGUAGCGUUGUAAUGAUUAUAACAUUGAUGACGCUUGCUACUUUCUUGUACUUAAAAGACAGUCACUUUGAUGUUUCUAACUUUGGCUGGUUACCAUUAGCUUGUAUUAUUAUUUACAUUAUCGCAUUUUCAAUGGGUUUUGGACCAAUACCCUGGCUGAUGAUGGGUGAAAUAUUACCCGCUAAAAUCCGUGGUGGUGCUGCUAGUAUAACCACUGGUUUUAAUUGGUUCUGCGCGUUUCUGGUUACAAAAACUUUCCAGAAUAUAAUAGAAUUAAUGAAAAUAACCGGGGCCUUUUGGAUGUACGGUGGUAUUUGUGUACUUGGGUUAUUAUUUGUAAUAUUAUUUGUACCAGAAACAAGUGGGCGCUCGUUGGAAGAAAUCGAAAAGAAAUUAAGGGGACCAGUUAGAAGAAUGAGCGCCGUUGCAAAUAUGAGGCCUAUGCCUACAGCGUGUUAG